CCUCUGUAAUUUAACUGUUCCUUCCCUGGCCGCAAACCAUUUUCCAUGAUAAACAACUCCCGAGAAAAAGAAAGAACAAAAAUAUAUUCUCAAAGGAAAAAUCAAAGUAGAAACUGGAAACGAAAGCUCUCUCUUUCAAGCUUUCAUUUCAACAAUCUCAAGCGCCUUGGACUGUCUGUUUUAAGAAAAAAAGAAAAAAUUGUAAUAUUUUCUUAUUUUGAGUAAAUUGUCAAUUUUUUUAAGUAGAAAAAUUUCCUAUAUAUUUGUAAAUAGUGUAGCUGAAAGUUCUUCUCUUCAAAUAAUUUCUUCCUUUGGAUUCUUUGGUUUUUCUCUUCUGUUUUUAACUAUUUAAUCAAAGACAGUUCUUUGCUUUAUAGUACUUACUCUUCAGAUCCCAAUUGGGUCUCUUUCAACAAAGUUCAUUGGUUCUUCAUAGUAGAAAAAACCCUUGUGCUGUGAAAAUUGUUGGUUUUUUUUAGAGAAAUUUACUGGUUUUUUUUAAUGGAAAAAUAAAAAUUUAUUCUGUCAUUUCAGAAAUUGUUUGGGUGCUGAGAAAAUUUCUGGGUUUUGUUAUUUCUCGAGAAAAUUUGUGGGUUUGUUCGGUAUCUGAGAAAAAUCGUUGUUUUCCUGGAGGAAAAUACUGGGUUUUGAUUGUUAAUUAAUAAAACCCAAUUUGUUUGGGAAUCGGUCUGGGUUGCUCGUAAGCCAUGGCGGUGUCAACAAUAGCUCUUUACGUGAGUCCACCGAGCGGCAUGUGCUCAACGCCGCACCAGAUCAACAUCAAUUCUCACGCUUCCUACGAUUUCGAUUUGAAUUCAAGAUCUUCGUCUUCAACUUCCUCAACAACGGCUUUCUCUUCUUCCCAGAGACCCAUUGUCGGUGGCCUAUCACGUCUCUUUUCCUCACCUUCGGUAAAAUCAAGCCUUUCUAGCGGUGGAGGAGAGGAUUUGGGGCCCUAUAGAGGGGAAGAAUUGAAGGAAUUAAGCAGUUCAUUUUGUUAUUCAUCAAGUAAAUUCGGUGGUUCUUCUUUGAAAACCAAUCAGAGCCCAGUAUCGGUGUUUCAGUGCUCUGUUUCGUGUAGUAGCAGCAGUCCUCCGAUGAGAAUUGUUCGUGAAAAGGGUGGGGAUGGGAAUUUUCAGGGCUCGUUCCGUGGUGGGACUAAUGGAUUGUUGAAUGGAUUCGUUAGGGGUGCGUUAGGGUCUUGUAUUGAUUAUGAUACCCCGAGCUUUAAGGCUCAAAGUACUGGUUGUGUUGAUGAAUUACCGUUUACUAUGGAGGAUAAUUUCAUGCAGGAAGUGAAUUCAGAUCCUCAUGCUAAGGAGUUGCUCUCAGAUGCACAAAUGAGGCACAAAAUCUUUUGUGAAGAUUUUGUAAUCAAGGCAUUUUAUGAAGCAGAGAAGGCACAUAGAGGGCAGAUGCGUGCGAGUGGUGAUCCUUAUUUGCAACAUUGUGUAGAAACUGGAGUGUUGUUGGCAUCCAUUGGUGCUAACUCCACGGUAGUUGCUGCAGGGCUUUUACAUGAUACCCUCGAUGAUUCAUUCUUGAGCUAUGACUACAUUUUUAGAACAUUUGGCGCCGGGGUUGCUGAUUUAGUUGAAGGGGUCUCCAAGCUUAGCCAACUGAGUAAGCUAGCACGAGAAAAUAAUACAGCAAGCAAAACUGUUGAAGCAGAUCGCCUGCACAUAAUGUUCCUUGCCAUGGCCGAUGCAAGAGCUGUUCUUAUUAAAUUGGCGGAUCGGCUGCAUAACAUGAUGACACUGGAUGCUUUACCUCCUCUCAAGCAACAGAGGUUUGCUAAGGAGACUUUGGAAAUAUUUGCACCUUUGGCCAAUCGUUUAGGAAUCUCUAGUUGGAAGGGGCAACUAGAGAAUCUAUGUUUCAAGCAUCUCAAUCCUGAUCAGCACAAAGAACUGUCCUCUAGACUCUUGGAUUCCUUUGAUGAGGCAAUGAUUAGUUCUGCUAUAGAGAAACUUGAGAGAGGUCUUAAGGAUAAAGAAAUUCCUUAUCAUGUUCUCUAUGGACGACAUAAAAGCUUAUACAGCAUUUAUUCGAAGAUGUUGAAGAAAAAAUUGACCAUGGAUGAAAUCCAUGAUAUUCAUGGACUACGUGUCAUUGUUGAAAACAAAGAAGACUGUUAUGGGGCUUUGAGAGUGGUUCACCAGUUAUGGUCUGAAGUACCUGGAAAGAUGAAGGACUAUAUAACUCACCCCAAAUUUAAUGGGUAUCAGUCCUUGCACACGGUAGUGAUGGGUGAAGGCACAGUUCCACUUGAAGUUCAAAUUCGAACAAAGGAGAUGCAUUUGCAAGCUGAGUUUGGCUUUGCAGCACAUUGGAGAUAUAAGGAGGGUGACUGCAAGCACUCUUCAUUUGUACUUCAGAUGGUUGAGUGGGCUCGAUGGGUUGUGACUUGGCACUGUGAAACAAUGAGCAGGGACCAAUCUUCAAUUGGUUAUACUGAUUCUCUCAAACCACCCUGCACAUUUCCUACCCAUUCGGAUGAUUGCCCAUUUUCUUAUAAGCCACGCUGCAGCCAGGAUGGACCUGUCUUUGUCAUCAUGAUUGAAAAUGAUAAGAUGUCAGUGCAAGAGUUUCCUGCAAACUCAACAAUGAUGGAUUUGCUGGAAAGAGCUGGGCGGGGAAACUCAAGAUGGUCUCCAUAUGGGUUUCCUGUCAAGGAAGAAUUGAGGCCAAGGCUGAAUCAUGCGCCAGUUAGCGAUCCUACAUGCAGGCUGGAGAUGGGUGAUGUGGUGGAGCUAACACCAGCCAUUCCUGACAAGUCUUUGACAGAGUACAGGGAAGAGAUACAGCGCAUGUAUAACCGAGGCCUACCUGUUUCCAGUGCUGGGCCUCCAGCUAGUAGUAUUCUUGCCUCAAGAAGUUGACCCUGUUUUGAUUGUUUAUGCUAGACCCAGAAAAGGAAAGAAAAAAAAAAGGCAAUGGGUUUCCUUGUUUAUAAAUGGUAAAUAUUUUUACAGAACAAGCAAGCUAUAUGGUUCUGUUACUGGGAAGCAUUGGCUAACUGGAUUCAACAAAGAAUUAAACCGAUUGAUUUCUCAA